CAUUCCAACAAAAACUUCUGUUGACGAGCCCUGUGCCUCCGUCGCCCUCAAUCGUCGGAAAACAAGUAAGUUUACUUUUUCCGGCAAGUUUUCCAGUUUUCCGGCGAAAAACACAGCGGCCCGAAAAAAAAUAGCGGCCCGAACGCCGCCGAGCCGAAAAUAAUUUGCGUCCGGUGCGAUGCCUAACCGAAAAAUUCUUUCGGUCCGGCGGCGCCUCGGCCGCAAAAAAUUUUCGGCCGGACGCCGAACACGCCGGCCAAAAUUUUUUCGGCCCAGCGGCGCACCGGCCUCAAAAGUUUUUCGGCCCGGCGGCGCACCGACCGCAAACUUUUUUGGUCCUGCGUCGCACCGGCCGCAAACUUUUUUCAGCCCGGCGACGCGCCGGCAGCAAAAAAAUUUUCGGCCCGACGAUUUUUGUAUUUAAUUUAAUAUGUUAAUUAAUUAGUCAAUAAAAAAUUACUUAAUUAGUUAAUAGAAAUUAGCAAUUAGUGUUAAUAUUUAUUUAAGUUGGUAUAUAAAUGUUUUUUUUGUAAUAGGUGUAUGAAUGUUUAAUUACUUAGAUUAGUUAAUAGAAAAUUAAUUAAUUAAAAAUUGAUUUAACAAUUAAUGUUAAUAUUCAGUACAUUAGUUAAUAGAAAAUUAAUUAAUUUGUGCGCAUCUAAGUAUGAUAUUGUGUAAAUUUGCAGAUAAUUAGAUAUGGAUGAUGCGGGUGGGAGUGAGUUGUAUAGAUUCAAUGGUAGGGUGGUUGAUGCAUCAACACGAAGGAAGGUGCCUAAGAAGAAUAAAGAGAAGAAGCGCUCUCGAGAUAUUGGACAUCAGUCAUAUGCAAAUUUAGGGGAGGAUGAGUUAGAGGCACCUACUGUAGUUGCUCGUUCGGCAUCACGGGCGUCUGGUUCCCAUGGGAGGAACCAGGGUGCUGCAUCGAGAGUGGUCUCGACUGAGUUUGAUGAGGACGAUAAUGAUGAGGAUAUCGAGGUCCCUCCACCUACGCGUGGACAUGGACGAGUGCCGUCUUGUACGGCAACAUCACGUCCUGCUAUGUAUAGGGACCAAGCUGGGCGAUUCGUACCACCUGCUCGCGAGGAGACAGCGAGCUCAGGGACUGGACGGAGUAGGGGAGGACGUUCGAGUGGUCCUCCACCGUGGGAGCUUGUUGGUGAGUGUCUUGGUGGACCUACGGAUCCUAGCCUCAUUAGGAGCUUCCGUUGCCACGCUGCCUAUGCGCUUUGGACGAGGGUUGGAGAUCGAGGGGUCAUCAGUUGCUACAGUCGUACAUUGGCGGUUGAUUAUCUGGGUAGCUACAUGUUUAGUCAUGUUGAGGCGGAGGAUCUGGUUCAGCAGUCAGGUCUCCAGCACCUGAUCUACUCUAUGUUCCGCAAGAUAGCGUUGAUGUUGAGAAGCUUGCCAAGGAAAAUGGAGGAAAGAAAAAAUGGGAAGCUAUUUAGAGUCACAGAUCUUUCGAUAUAGCUCCAUCUCGGAGAAGAUUUGGAGGACGGGAACGGAAUCAGCUAGAAUGCGGCAGUAAUAUAUAAUCAGAUAGGAGAAAAAGUUUUCCCCGAUAGCAGAUUGGAACUCGACGGAUACCUUAGGCGUCCUGUGGGGAAGUGAAGUAGAGGAUGGAGGAGGAGACAGUCUUUGGGCAACGCUUUGAUCAACUCCUUUUGAUACAAAUUUGGGUUUUGAGAAUGGAGGUUUAAUUGAAUCAAUAAAAAAUAGAAGAAUGCAAAGGAAUGAGAAGCUUUUCCGUUACUUUGAGGUGCGGCCAUUUGGGCUAGUUCUUACAGACCAUCCAAUUUGGAUCGGCCUGUGCCACAUCACAUCCACAUGGACCAAUCAAAUAGAGCAUCGCCGGUGCCGUAUUUUUCAUAGCAGCCCCGUAACAUUGCACAAGGAUUAAAGAUGUGAAAGAGUA